CGGAACCAUGCUCCUGGCCGGCCCGCGCCUCUGGGUCCUGGUGGUCCUGGGCGCCGGCUGGGCGGGCUGCGGAGGCCGCCGGGCCGAGGCGCUGGUGCGGACGUUCUACGUGGCUGCGCAGGACGUGGCCUGGAGCUACCGGCCCGAGACCCCGCAGCCAAGUUUGAAUUCUUCUACAACAUCCUUUAAAAAAAUCAUCUAUAGAGAGUAUGAGGCAUAUUUUAAGAAGGAAAAACCACGAUCAAGCAUUUCAGGACUUCUUGGGCCUACUUUAUAUGCUGAAGUUGGAGAUACCUUGAAAGUUCACUUCAAAAACAAGGCUGACAAGCCUGUAAGCAUCCACCCUCAAGGAAUUAGAUACAGUAAACUCUCAGAAGGUGCUUCUUACCCUGACCACACGUUCCCUGAGGAGAGGAUGGAUGAUGCGGUGGCCCCGGGCCACGAGUAUAUCUAUCAGUGGGUCAUCAGCGAGGACAGCGGGCCCACCAAGGACGACCCUCCCUGCCUGACACACAUCUACUACUCCUACGGAGACCUGACGCGGGACUUCAACUCAGGGCUGAUCGGACCUCUGCUCAUAUGUAAGAAAGGUACCCUGACUGAGGAUGGGACUCAGAAGAUGUUUGACAAGCAGUAUGUGCUGCUGUUUGCUGUCUUUGAUGAAAGCAAAAGCUGGAGCCAGUCAUCAUCCCUAAUGUACACCAUCAAUGGCUAUGUGAACGGGACAAUGCCAGAUAUAACGGUUUGUGCCCAUGACCACAUCAGCUGGCAUCUGAUUGGAAUGAGCUCGGGGCCAGAGCUGUUCUCCAUUCAUUUCAACGGCCAGGUCCUGGAGCAGAACCAUCACAAGGUCUCAGCCAUCACCCUGCUCAGCGCCACGUCCACGACUGCAAACAUGACUGUGAGCCCGGAGGGGAAGUGGAUCAUAUCUUCUCUCAUUCCAACGCAUUUCCAAGCUGGGAUGCAAGUUUAUGUUGAUAUUAAAGACUGCCUAAAGAAAACCAGGACUCCAAAGAAACUAACACGAGACCAGAGGCGGCACAUUAGGAGGUGGGACUACUUCAUUGCUGCCGAGGAAGUCAUCUGGAACUAUGCACCUGUCAUCCCAGCCAAUAUGGACAAAAAAUAUAGGUCUCUACACUUGGAUAAUUUCUCAAACCAAAUUGGAAAAGAGUAUAAGAAAGUUGUUUACAAAGAGUACCAAGAUGAGACCUUCACCAAACGCAUAGAGAAAAAAGAAGAUGGGAUUUUGGGCCCAAUUAUCAGAGCCCAGGUCAGAGACACACUCAAAAUCACGUUUAAAAAUAUGGCCAGCCGGGCAUAUAGCAUUUACCCUCAUGGAGUGACCUUCUCUCAUCAAGAUGAUGAAGCCCACUCUACCUCAGGCAGUCACAUGAUCAGAGCCGUUCAACCCGGAGAAACCUAUACUUACAAAUGGAAUAUCCUAGAGUCUGAUGAACCCACAGAAAAUGAUCCCCAGUGCUUAACAAGACCGUACUACAGUGACGUAGAUAUGACAAGGGACAUUGCCUCUGGGCUGAUAGGGCUUCUUCUAAUUUGUAAGAGCAGAUCCCUGGAUAUUCGGGGCAUACAGAGGGCAGCAGACAUCGAGCAGCUGGCUGUGUUUGCCAUGUUUGAUGAGAAUAAGAGCUGGUAUAUUGAGUAUAACAUCAACAAAUUUUGUGAAAAUCCUGAUGAGGUGAAACGUGAUGAUCCCAAGUUUUACCAGUCAAACAUCAUGAGCACUAUCAAUGGCUAUGUGCCUGAGAGCAUACCUACUUUAGGAUUCUGCUUUGAUGACACUGUCCAGUGGCACUUCUGCAGUGUGGGGGCUCAGGAUGAUAUUUUGACCAUUCAUUUCACUGGACACUCAUUUCUCCAUGGAAAAAGGCAUGAAGAUACCUUGACCCUCUUCCCGAUGCGUGGAGAAUCUGUGACGGUCACAAUGGAUAACAUUGGAACUUGGAUGAUAACUACCAUGAAUUCUAGUCCCAGAAGCAAAAACCUAAGUCUGAGAUUCAGAGAUGUUAAAUGUAACCGGAAUGAUGAUGAUAAUGAUGACUCGUAUAUUUAUAAACCUGUGGAGUCUACAGCCAUGGAGACUCGGAAAAUGCGCUACUCUGCAGAAAACGAACAGGAAGAGGAUGAUAAUGAAUCUGAUUACCAGGAUGAACUGGCUACCUCAUUAGGAAUUAGGUCAUUCAGGAAUUCAUCAUUGAAUGGGGAAGAAGAUGAAUUCAAUCUUACUGCUCUUGCCCUAGAAAACAGCUCCGAAUUUAUUUCUCCGAGCACAGAUACAGCUAUUGGCUUGAAUUCUUCUUCCUCAAGAAACACGAGUAGGCUCACUGUUGAUAACCUCACAGAGCCUCAGAAAACCCUUCCCCACCCAGUAGCCACUCCAGCUGUCAGCCCCCUGGGACACCUCACUGGCUUCGACAAGAAUUCAGUUCUCAACCCUUCCACAGAAGAGCAUUCCAGCCCAUAUUCUGAAGACUAUAGGGAGGACCCCCUGCAGCCAGAUGGCACACACAUAAGCCUCCUUACAAAAGGAUUCAGAAGCCAAGGACACGCUAACCAUAAAGUACCCGAGGCAGGAAGACACCAAGCUGCAAAGCAUAGGUUCUCCUGGAUGAACUUCCCAGUCCGUAAACUUGGGAGACAUUCAAACCAAGAUAAUACAUCCUCCAGAAUGAGCCCCAGGAAGGACAUUCUUAGUGAUUUAUUACUGUUAAAACAAAUGAACCCAUCAAAGAUUAUGAAUGAGAAAUGGCAUCUGGCUUCUGAAAAAGGUAGCUAUGAGAUCAUAGAAGACAGAGAGGAAGACAUGGCUGUUGGUACACAGAACAGUACCCAGAAUGUCUUGAGGACUCUGGAAGAAAGCAUCCCUUCUACAGAACAGCCAGGACAGCAGAGUAAUCGCCCAAACCUCACUCCAAUGAGACGUAACCUGAGAAACAUUUCUCAAGUCACACAGCGUGGAGGAAAUAGUGGCUUGAUGAGAGGACAAUUUUUAAUCCGAACACGGAAAAAGAAGAAGAAGCUUACACAGCAUGUUCCUCUGUCUCCCCGGAGUUUUCACCCCCGAAGAAGAGAUACCUACACCAAGAGACCCAACCACCCUUUCCUGCCUAAAUCCAAUGAAACGUCUCUUCCCAUAGACUCCAAUCAGACAGUCCCCCUCAGGAAUCUUAGCCAUAAUCAGAAGCUCCCAAAUGGCACUGGUCAGGCAAGCUCCUCCCCUCCUGAUCUUGAUCAAAUAGUGCCCUCGGAGGAAGGAUAUCAAUGGUUUCCUAUUCAAGACUCUGAUCAAACACACUCUACUCCAGAUCCCAAUCAUAGAGCCUCUCCUUCAGAAUCCAGUUGGAUGCUUCCCUAUGACCUAAGCCAUAAGUUCUUUCUUGACGACAGUCAAACCUCCCCUCUCUCAGAACAUGACAUCUGGCCGACUUUCCUGGCAGAACUUGGUCAGCCAUCCAUCCCUUUAGAUCAGCAAUACACCUCCCCUGCCCCAGACCUCAGCCAGACAAUUCCCUCCCCAGACACCGGCCAGAUGACCUUCUCCCCAGGCCUUGGCCAGACAUCUCUGUCCCCAGACUUUGGCCAGAUGGCUCUGUCCCCAGAUCUCAGCCAGAUGUCCCCACCCUCUGACCUCGGCCAGACAGACCCAUCUCUAGACCUUGGCCAGGUAGCGCUGUCCCCAUUUCCAGGCCAGACAACACUCUCUCCUGACCUCAGCCAGACAUCUCCACCCCCAGACCUUGGUCAGAUGGCCCUGUCUCCAGACCUUGGCCAGGUCACUGUCUCUCAAGACAUCAGUCAGACAACCCUUCCUCCUAAUAGCAGUGAGACACUUCCUCCAGACCACAGUCAGACAUCCUCCCCUUCUGAAUCCAGUCAGCCUCGACCUCAUCCUGAUUUUAAUCAAACGUUUCCCUAUCUAGACCUUAUUCAUAUGCCAUCUCCAACGCUCAAUGACACUUUUACACCGAAAGAAUUCAACCCACUCGUGGUGGUAGGCUUCAGUGGAGAUGAUGGAGAUUAUAUCGAGAUCAUUCCCAGGGAAGAUUAUGAGGGCAGUGAAGAUGACUACGCUGAGAUGCAUUAUGUGAACUACGACAACCCGUAUGAGACAGACACAAGGGCAGAUAUGACAUCCUCCAGGAAUCCUGACAACAUCGCGGCAUGGUAUCUCCGCAGCAACUCGGGGAACAGAAAGUAUUAUUAUAUUGCAGCUGAGGAAAUACCCUGGGAUUAUUCACAAUUUGCAGAAAGAGAGGUGGACCUGGAUGACGAAAUUGAUGACGUGCCACAGGACACCACAUACAAGAAAGUUGUCUUCCGAAAGUACCUGGAUAGUACUUUUACCAGACGGGAUCCGCGGGGAGAGUAUGAGGAGCACCUUGGCAUUCUUGGUCCUAUUAUUAGAGCAGAAGUGGAUGAUGUUAUCCAGGUUCGCUUUAAAAACUUGGCAUCCAGACCAUAUUCUCUUCACACGCACGGGCUUUCCUACGAAAAGUCAUCAGAAGGAAAGACUUACGAAGACGACUCUCCUGAGUGGUUUAAGGAGGAUAAUGCUGUCCAGCCCAACAGCAGCUACACAUAUGUGUGGCACGCCACAGAGCGGUCAGGGCCCGAGAACCCAGGCUCUGCCUGUCGAGUAUGGGCCUACUACUCAGCAGUGAACCCGGAGAAAGACAUCCACUCGGGCUUGAUAGGACCCCUUCUGGUCUGCCGAAAAGGAAUACUUCAUAAAAAGAGCAAUAUGGCUGUGGACAUGAGAGAAUUCGUGUUACUUUUUAUGGUCUUCGAUGAGACGAAGAGCUGGUAUUAUGAAAAGUCCAAAAGGUCUUGGAAACCUGAAUCUUCAGAAGUAAAAAACUCCCAUGAGUUUUACGCUAUUAAUGGGAGGAUCUUCUACUUGCCUGGCCUGAGAAUGUACGAGCAAGAGUGGGUGAGACUGUACCUGCUGAACAUGGGUGGUUCCCAAGACAUUCAUGUGGUUCACUUCCAUGGCCAAACCCUGCUGGAAAAUGGCACUCAACAGCACCAGCUAGGGGUCUGGCCCCUUCUACCCGGUUCAUUUAAAACUCUUGAAAUGAAGGCAUCAAAAGCUGGCUGGUGGCUUCUAGACACAGAGGUCGGAGAAAACCAGAGAGCAGGAAUGCAAACACCAUUUCUCAUCAUAGACAAAGGCUGUAAAAUACCCCUGGGGCUAAGUACUGGUAUGAUAGCUGACUCACAGAUCAAGGCUUCUGAGUAUCUGAGUUAUUGGGAGCCCAAAUUAGCAAGAUUAAACAACGGUGGGUCAUAUAAUGCUUGGAGUAUAGAAAAAAUUCCAACAGGAAUUUCCUCUAAACCUUGGAUCCAGGUGGAUCUGCAGAGGGAAGUUGUAAUCACGGGGAUACAAACUCAAGGUGCUAAACACUACCUAAAGUCCUGCUAUACCACAGAGUUCUCUGUGGCUUACAGUGCUGACCAAACCAACUGGCAGAUCUUCAAGGGGAACAGCACGAAGAACGUGAUGUAUUUUGAUGGCAAUUCAGAUGCUUCUACAAUAAAAGAGAAUCAAUUUGACCCACCUAUUGUGGCUAGAUAUAUUAGGAUCUCUCCAACAAAGUCCUAUAACAGACCUACCCUGCGAUUGGAGCUGCAAGGCUGUGAGGUUAAUGGAUGUUCUACACCACUGGGUAUGGAAAGUGGACAAAUAGAAAACAAGCAAAUUACAGCUUCCUCAUUUAAGAAAUCUUGGUGGGGAGAUUACUGGGAACCGUUUCGUGCUCGUCUUAAUGCCCAGGGCCGUGUGAACGCCUGGCAAGCUAAGGCAAACAACAACAAACAAUGGUUACAAAUUGAUCUACAGAAAAUCAAGAAGGUAACUGCCAUUGUCACACAGGGCUGCAAAUCUCUGUCCUCUGAGAUGUAUGUGAAGAGCUACAGCAUCCACUACAGCGACCAGGGUGUAGAAUGGAAACCUUACAGGCAGAAAUCCUCCAUGGUGGACAAGAUUUUCGAAGGAAAUAGCAAUACCAAGGGACAUGUGAAAAACUUUUUCAAGCCACCGAUUAUCUCCAGGUUUAUCCGCAUCAUUCCUAAAACAUGGAAUCAAAGUAUUGCGCUUCGCGUGGAACUCUUUGGCUGUGAUGUCUACUAGAACUGAGGGUUCAAAAAACAUAGGAGAGACUCUUUAAGACCUCAAUUUAGAGUAGGCAAUGUAUUCUGCAGCUAUUUUAAAUAAUAACAAAUUCCCAUUGUUCCUCUUUUUUCUAUUAGAAAAUACAAUUUUACCUAAGAAACU